GUUGAAUUUGUUUUGCGUACCAGUAAUUGUUUUAUUUAUAUGCAGUUUGGCCGCGUUUUUCAGCUUUCAGAAUGCCACAAGAGUUUCAAGUUGUGCAGUGUUACAGUUGCAGUACUUUCCAAGUUCAUCAGGUGAAGAAAGCCCUGAAAUGGGCGUGCAAGAUGUGUGGCGAGAAACAAUCCAUUAAAAAGGUAUUUGGCAGAGGCACAGGAGCUGAAUGUCGACAGCAUGUGCAGAAGUUAAACACUCGGAGAGGGGAUCUGGACACCAUAAAACAGACUGUUACACUAGCAUCUGAUGUAGAUCUUUUAGAUGUUAAUACAGCGGAGACAGCUACAGAGAUGCAAUAUGUUCCAACUGAGAUCGGAAAAUGGUCCCAGUUUGUUGAUGCGCAGCAAGAUGGUGACAACAACAGCAGCAGUGAUGAUGAUGAUGAUGAUGAUGAAGGUUUUACAACAAGUUCAUUGGCCAAUGCAAGAGGGCGAAAACGUAAAGGAUGGGCAAAAACAGAGGAAAGGCGGUUUACAAAAUAUGGUAAAAACGGAGCUGGCUCAAAGGAAAAUGAUUCUAAAUAUCCAAUAUUCUCCACCAAUCAAGAUGCUAGUAAGCCCCGUUCUGUUAUUGGACAGCCAGCGUCAGACUGUGACAGUUCCCAGUUAGUCAGGGUUCCAGAUUCUAAACCUUACUUCAGUAAACCAGGCUCAUCUAAUAGUUAUAACUUGAUGAAGGGUCAAAACUCGAAAUGGUCUUCAUUUUCUACAGGAAAUACAUGUACAAAUGUGGAACACAAGAGAAACAACUGCACAACACCCGACUUGCCUUCUGAGGAAUCAGAGUCUAGGAAUGAUUCACUCAUUCAAAUGAAUGAAUCUUCAAAAAGGAGGUCAAUAUGGCCUGUAAAUGAUGCAACAUACGAAUCUUCAUCUCAGGAGAGCUCUUCAAGUUCUUCAAAAGGAGAUAAUAAUUUCAUAAAUUCAAAGGGAAGUAACUUUAUCAAUCCAAAUGCCCCAUUCCCUGAUCCAAGACCAUAUGUGUCAUUUGAUGAUCUGGAACAGUGUGAUAAGGAUAUUGAAACAUGUGUUUCACUGGGUGACGCUGGGACUAUAUUUGAUGAACCCAAGAAGCAUUUAAGAGGAGCAACUAAUGUCAGCAAAUGGAACGCCUUUACCAGUACAUCAAUGGCUACUAGGAGUUACAAUAUGAUCACAGAAAACAACAUAUCUGGUACUAAUUCAAACAGUUCCCAUUCAAAUAAAAAGCUCAGUCAUAUAAGUGAUAAUGAAGAAAACGAGGAAAAAGUUGAUUGUGGAUUUGGUAGGACCACCUCUGAUUCUGUGCCUUGUUCUUCAAAGUGGGGUGGGUUUAUUGGAGGUAGGGGUAACACGUCUGGAUUCAUAGCUAUUGGUGAUAAAGAAGAUUCUGAAAGAAGCCUUCAGGACAUGAACUCGAAACAUACUGACAAUAAGCACACAGUUUCCUCCAAAUGUGUAGCAUAUUCAAACGAAAGUCGAGCACAAACGCUUCAAACAUCAGUCAGCGAAAAGGAAGUAUAUGAUGGACUAAACCGAUGUAUGAAACAGUCUGUCCAUGGUGACGAUAAUGAAUCAGGUACUUCUAAUGGAGAAUAUCUUGUGAACAAACAAACAACUGAAAAGGGAGAUGCCGACUCUAAUAUUGGUGAUAAAAAAAUGUCUGGAAAAAAUCACUAUAGAAGUCCUCCAAAAAGAACAAGUCUGUUUGAUGCUGGGGAAUUGAAUGAUGAAGACUUAAGUUUGUGACAAGUGCAAUUUCAAUGCAGGUAUUAUUUGAACAAUAUUUGACGUAAAUUGUUAUAUUUGAUUUCAAAAUUGUGUAGUGGAUUGUGAAUUGUUGACAUUGUGAUUACUGUAGACCGUUAAGCAUCUCAAGUAGAUGUACAUGUAUGUACAUGUAGUUACC